AAAAUGAUUUCAUUCUAAUUUUUUAAGAAUCAAACUCAAGUAAAUUUACAAGACUCUGACAGCAAGCAUGAUCUUUUCUAAAAUAGUAAAAUGACUUUAGAGUUUAGAGUAGGUCACAUUAUUAAAUUAAAAAAUAAUAAGCCAUGAGAAAAGGAGGCAUCCCUAGUCUUCUCACUCUUACUCAUUUCCACAUCUCUGACAGAAAAUGGAGAACUAUCAGUACCCGGCGUCGUACCCUGACUCCGGCGAGUCGUCGCCGCGCUCCCGCGAGAUCGACUUCGAGAACCCGCCGCCGUGGGACGAGCAGCAGAACCAAAACUACAAGGCCAAGUUCAUGUGCAGCUACGGCGGCAAGAUCCAGCCCCGCACCCACGACAACCAGCUCUCCUACGUCGGCGGCGACACCAAGAUCCUCGCCGUCGACCGCUCCGUCAAGUUCCCCGCCUUCCUCUCCAAGCUCGCCGCCGUCUGCGACUCCGCCCCGCAGGACCUCACCUUCAAGUACCAGCUCCCCGGUGAGGACCUCGACGCCCUCAUCUCCGUCACCAACGACGACGACCUCGAACACAUGAUGCACGAGUACGACAGACUCUAUCGCCCUAACCUAAAACCUGUUAGAAUGAGACUCUUCCUCUUCACGCUCUCUAGUUCAAAUCCUAAUUCCUCUUUCUCCUCCGAACGCGACCAUUUCGUCGAGGCUCUUAAUUCGGGUCCGAUUCCUUCUCAACCCGACCCGAUCAAAACCCCGCCCGUUACGCCUUCUAAUGUUGACUAUCUCUUCGGUCUCGAUAAAGCCGUUGCUCCUCCUCCAAAUCUUCCUCCGAACUUCGCAGCGGUUAAAUUCCACGAUCCGGUGCCGGAGCCUGUCGCGCCGCCGGUAGAGUAUCAAUCGAGAGGCUCCGAUCGGGUUGUUGGAUCGGAUCCGAAUGUGAAUCCGAUUGAAAUUCAGAGACAGUUGCAGCAGGAGAUGGAGCGAUUGCAGAUUGCGGAGAAUGAAUAUCGUAGAAGGAGUGAGGAUGGAUUUGCAGCCGGUUAUGCUGCUGCUGCUGCUGCCGGAGGGGAUUAUUAUAUGCAGAAGGUGCAGGAGAAGGUUCCGCCGCAGAAUGCGGCGGCGUACUGGUCGGAGAAGCAGUUUUCCGGGGAGGGAUAUCAGACGACGGUGACGACGGCUCCAGGAGGAGGUGACCAGCCGAUGUAUGUUAUGGCGCCGCCGGGGACGUUCUACCACGCGCCAGUGGUGCGGCCUCCGGCGGCGGCGCAGGGGUACUACGCCGUGCAGAGGAUGGGUUCCGAGGGCUACCGCGAGCAGCAGGCGGUUUACGGCGGCGUGGCGCCGUCGAAAGCGGCGUUUUCUUCGGCGGGGAUGGCUAAGGGGACGGCGUAUUCGGAGGGAUAUGGUGGCGGCGUGGUGAGGCCUGCGGGGGUGCCGGAUAAUGCGGCGUACGCGCAGGUGGCGUAUGAUAGCGCGAGUGGGAGGCAGGUUUACUAUACUGCGCAGGGAGGGAUGGUGCACGCGCCGCCGCCGCCGCAGUACCAAGGGGUUCCGCCUCAGGAAUUUAGGCCGGGUGGGGUUUCGGUGGGGCAAGAUGGUAAGGUGGUUAACAAGGUUAACCAAGGUUCUGCGUGAUUAAGAUUGUGAUUAUGUUAAUUCUGAAACAAAUAAUACACUAAAUAUGUUUUGCGUUUUUUUUUUUUUCUCUUCAUGGUUUAUAUAUAUACACUAAAUAUUACGAGUAUUGUUUGCUAAUAAUUUAUGGGUAGUGCUUAAACUUCCUUCUGUCUGCUGAUUAAA